AUGGACUUGACGAUCUGGAUAUCGCUCUGGCACGCCAUUGUACUAGAGGUGUGUCAUCAACUUCUACAACAACUCAAGACUGUGCCCUCUGAUGGUGCCAUCAGAGACGCGAUUGGGGAAGAGGUGCCCCACAAAGCUGGCUUCAUCAAGACUAGCCCCCAGCGAUUCGGCCUACGGCAUCACACAAGAGAGGUCGAGCUGCACCCUCUUUGUUCCUCAAAUUUGAAUCCUGUUUCGUCUUUGUCAACGCAGAGUGAUUUGGAAGCUAUUGUUUCAUCUCGCUUGUUCGAGACCUCCCUGGCCAUUUGCUUGCCACCACGGAUGAAAGUGAAGCAAAAUGAUCUCCAACCUUAUGCCCCUCAGUCUCAGGACGCGCCUAAGCGUCCCACCCAUCGAAUCCAACAAGGCUUGGGUUCCCUCGGCCGAGCCCCAGCCGAGGGCGCGGAAGAGCUCACUCGGGCUCCCAGCUCGGAGCGAGACUAUGCCGAAAUCACCCCAUCUGUUCAUCCAUCGUCGACCAACCCAUCAUGGACCCCAUUGAUGAAUUUUCCCCCGGCGCGAAUCUCAGCGCAACCAGAUUUGAAGUGA